CGCUGACACGCAUCCAUUCGGGGUUUGGUUGUAGCCUUUAGUGAUCCGCCGGGUAUGUUUGAAUCGAAAAUGAAAAGAAGCGUCUUGUUCGCGUUCUGAUGACUUGAAUUGUUUCGCUCUGAGUUGAUAGCAAUUGAAACGCGUCUCCUUGGCAACGCCAGCUUCUGCGGUUUUGACGGUUACAGCGUUUAACUUUGUGCCAGUUUUAAACUCUGGAUUGCGAUGGACGCGUCGAUGUGUUUAUGGUUUUUGUCUGUUUGCACGUGCCUGGCGCACGCGAAACCCACUCUCAGGAAAGAAAGAGUUCAUCACGAGCCUGAACUGAGCAGACAACCUCACGAAGAUAACCAGAGCUAUCAGUACGACCACGAGGCCUUUCUGGGCAAAGAGGAGGCCACCACAUUUGAUCAGCUCACCCCAGAGGAAAGCAAAGCCAGAUUAGGGAAAAUAGUUGAUCGUAUUGACAGUGAUGUUGAUGGAUAUAUCACCACCGAUGAACUCAAGGCCUGGAUCAAGAGAGUCCAGAAGCGUUACGUCUAUGAGAACGUGGCAAAGGUCUGGACUGACUAUGACCUGAACAAAGACAACAAGAUCUCAUGGGAUGAAUAUAAGCAAGCAACUUAUGGUUACUACCUCGCCAAUCCAGAGGAGUUUGAAGACGCAACAGACCAGUUCAGCUUUAAGAAGAUGCUUCCGCGAGAUGAACGCAGGUUUAAGGCUGCAGAUCUCAAUGGAGAUUUAGCCGCAGAGCGAGAGGAGUUCACUGCUUUCCUCCACCCGGAGGAGUUUGAUCACAUGCAGGAAAUUGUGGUUCUUGAAACUCUGGAGGACAUUGACAAAAAUGGAGAUGGACAUGUAGAUGAGGACGAAUACAUUGCGGACAUGUUUGCUCAUGAAGAUGGCGGUCCAGAGCCAGACUGGGUACGAACUGAGAGAGACCAGUUUUCAGAUUUCAGAGAUCUGAACAAAGACGGGAAGAUGGACCUAGAAGAGAUUCGUCACUGGAUCCUGCCGCAGGACUAUGAUCAUGCGCAGGCAGAAGCCCGGCAUCUGGUGUACGAGUCGGACACUGACAAGGACCAGAUGCUGACCAAAGAAGAGAUUCUUGAGAACUGGAACAUGUUUGUAGGCAGCCAGGCCACCAACUACGGCGAAGAUCUGACCAGGAACCAUGAUGAGCUAUGAGCCCGAGCGAAGGGUGUGCAACUCUACCCGAGGAACUCCAUGGCUUCCUUUCCCUGAGAAGCCGUGCCACUGACUGAUCUACUGCAGCUCUACCUCACAGACACUGGACAUAGAGGAAUCACUGACUGAUGGCCAUACUCUCCAAUAUAAACUUCAGAUUUCCUCCUUCGCUCUAUGUUCUUUUUGUGAGGGCUCAAGGAACUCUCCUGGUCCUGGUUGAAUGAGCUGCUACAGAUUUCUUCAGCUGAAGCUGAGCCUUUUAACUCAAACUUUUAACUCAAAGAGCAGUUAUAGGACAAAGCCUGUACUUGUACAAGUUGUGCCUGUUUUUGUCUGGUGUCAGUAUUGAUUUUAUGUAGCCCUGCGUUUGUUGUGUUCUGUCUUCUGGUUUGUAUUUCCACAGCAUUAAGGUAAGAUCUUACGGCUUUAUGAAUGAAACGCUCGUUUUGAAAUCUUCUCACUCUUCUGACAUUUGUUACGACAUCCGCUUCAAACAGUACAAUGCUCAUUAUUAGUGAUGCCUACAGAGCUACCGCAAAAAUGGAAGUUCAAACACAAAACUCUAAAGAUGGCUGCGCGCUUGUUUCUCUCUUGUGCAUAAGGUCUAUAUUAGAACAAACUUUCUAUUUAUUUAGAACUUCAUGCUUUGAUAAUAUCAUGCUUUUUCUACAGAAAGCACUACAAGUCAGUGUUGAUAUAUGGUUAUACAUAAAUGUGUAAUUAUACUUUAGAUUAUCACAAAUUUCCCAUUGCUGGCCAAUAUUGUCUUAUUUGUUUUGAACCCGAGAAGUGUUGGCAUGAUGAUCUGAAGCGAUGUUUCACACCAAUGUUUGAAGCUGCUUAGAUGAAGGUCUAAAUGUGUUUGAUCAUUUGAUAACCCAUUUCAGUCAUUUCUCACUGAAUUUUACCAGUCAUUCAAUAAGUCCUGUAGCCCUUAAUCAGGGUAGUGCCAUAUUUAAUUUUUGACAGGAAUGAAAUGAGGCUGUGAAGAUGAGAAUACAGUGUUCAGUAGUUUGUACUGUUAUUUAUUUAAAAACGUACUGAUUGCUGACGAGACUCCUUUCUGAGAAAGGUAGACAAACUCAAGAAACGGUUUUAAAAGUUGUGAAAAUACAGCAUGUGAUCUUUGGGCCUUUAUACAGUGCUUGCCAUCUAUCCCUCACAACCUCGUUUUCCCCCGAGUUAAAUUCAAUAUGGCGUCUACUCUGAUUAAAGUCUGUAGUCUUAAUUUUUAUGCAGAAUAAUAGUAGAAAAUUUAUCACCAAGACCUUCUUUCUUGGCUUGGCCACAGAGGCUUGCAUGAAUAUGUUUAUUUUGUGAAAUGUUUUAUUUUAAUUUAAUUCUUUAAAUUCUUUAAACUUUAAAUGCCACCAUGUUGUUAAAAACCCAAAGAGCAAACGAGCCAAAACAUCAGCUGCCUGCUAGCAAAGCGAACAAACACUCAUUUGAGACAAUUUUUUUUUUUCUCAGUGAUACUUUGCAAAAAAAAGUAAAUAAUAAAACUUUUCAUAAAACUUGAAA